AUUCUGUAGAGAGUAGACAGUGAGCGCCGCGCUGUAAGUCCUGGGGAGAAAAUAGAUAAGAUGGCGGCCGUUACUAGCACCGCACCGACCAACGGGAUCCUCAUUGGCGACAAGAUGUACUCUGGCGUCCUAAUUUCUCUGGAGAACUGUCUUAUGCCCGAGGAAAAAUGCGCCCUCACGCCGUCCAUCGUGGACGGUCUCGACAUGGACACGGAGAUGGACCUUCGCUGUGUGGGCUGCGAGCUCAUUCAGGCAGCCGGCAUUUUGUUGCGACUUCCUCAGGUUGCCAUGGCUACAGGACAGGUGUUGUUCCAGCGGUUCUUCUAUACAAAAUCUUUUGUAAAGCAUUCCAUGGAGCAUGUUUCAAUGGCCUGUGUCCACUUGGCAUCGAAAAUUGAGGAGGCACCGAGGCGCAUCCGAGAUGUGAUCAAUGUGUUUCACCGCCUUCGACAGCUGAGAGAAAAACAGAAACCAGUACCGUUAACCUUGGAUCAGGAGUAUGUUAACUUAAAGAACCAGAUUAUUAAAGCAGAGAGAAGAGUCUUGAAGGAACUGGGCUUCUGUGUCCACGUCAAGCAUCCUCACAAGAUCAUUGUAAUGUACCUCCAGGUGUUGGAAUGUGAAAAGAAUAAAUAUCUGGCCCAGACUUCAUGGAAUUACAUGAAUGACAGCCUUCGCACAGACGUUUUUGUGAGGUUCAAUCCUGAAACCAUUGCAUGUGCCUGCAUUUACCUGGCUGCCAGGACACUAGAAAUUCCUCUGCCCAAUCGUCCACAUUGGUUCCUCCUGUUUGGUGCCUCUGAAGAGGACAUUAGGGAGAUCUGCCUUCAGAUUAUAAAGCUCUAUUCACGCAAAAAGGCUGAUUUGGCGGCGCUGGAAAGUAAAGUGGAAAAAAGAAAGCAAAGCCUUGAGGAAGCUAAAGCUAAGGCCAAAGGGCUUCUACCAGAUGGGACCCCACGUUUGGACACUGCUCCAGAAUUUUCACCUUCCUCUAAAAAUGAUUCUCCAAAGGAAGGCAAAUCAAGUAAAUCGUCACCACUUCAUGUAAAUUUAUUAAAAAAUGUCAAAAGAAAAAUAGAUGGGACCAAGAGACCACAAUCUUCCAGUCCUGUAAAUGGAAUAACAAAAGGGAGAGACAGUAGAAGUGGCAGCAGAAACAGAGAUCAGAGUUAUUCCCGAUCCCAUUCCCGAUCUGUAUCUCCAAAGAGAAAAAGUGAAAGCUAUUCUACAUCCAGCGGUUCAAAAUCUCGAAGCAACUCCCGGAGCCGAAGUGAUUCUCCCCCUCGAAAACCAAGCCAUGGUACUGGCAAAAGCUCAAAAGGCCAUUCUUACGGCAAGAGUAAUGACUACAAGUACCCAGGACAUAAGAGAAGGCGGACACGCAGCAGGAGCUACUCUCCUUCCCACAGCCGUUCAAGGGAGAGCCCGGAUUCUGGAAAGUACAAAAAGAAAAGCCACUACUAUCGCGAGCACCGGGGAGAGCGCUCACGGUCUUAUGAGAGAGUCAGCCACAGGAGUUACGACCGGGAUUACUCCGGGCACAGCCACCACAGAAGAUAACCGCGUUCUUAUUUGGACAAUCCCCUUGACUUGUUAAAAUACAAUCUCCAAGUUGUUCAGUGCCAAGUAAAUUGUAUUGGCUAAUAAUAAAAAUGUAUUUAGUCUUGACAAUGUUCCUACGAGAUAGGCAUUUAUAUUGUUUGGUGCUAAACUAAAUACUUUCUAACAAUAGUUCGCUGGCUUGUUUUGGCUGCUAUUUUUUAAUUUAAUCAUUACAGGUUAAAUGGCUUUUCUGCUGUGUGACUGCAAUAUAACUUACAAAAUGCAGAUUCCCACCGCUGGAAAAAGACAGACCUCGACUUAGCAGAUAUGCUAGUAUUGGAAAAUACCGAAGGAAUCUAUAAUUGACUACAGAUUAUAACAGGACACAUUUUUCCCAUAAGAAUGGCUUGUCCGAUACAUUGUACAGUUUGUUUCAUAUACUCUGUAUGCCUAUAUUAGGUAAUACCUGAUGUGUUUCUUUCUAUGACUUUAGUGUAACCCCCUAUUUCUUUUUUGUAAAUAUACAUGUAAUAUAGAGGAUUACGAGUUGUGCACGGAUCUCUGUGAUAAGUAGCUGGACCUGUUACUUUAAAGCGGAUUCUUUUAUAUUCGAGGAUGUUGCGUGCUGGCCACGAGCAUUCCCAAGACAUUUCAUAUUGCCUGUAUGUCUUUUUACUAAAAAAAAGAAGACAUGCAAUUCUACUCAGGACAUUGAUAGCUCAAAGAACGGUUUGUUCUGCUAACAGAUAUGUGAAUACCAGUCAGCCAGGCCGUAUCGGUUUUAUUGGUAUAUCCAAGUUGUAUUUCUUUUUUUUCUUUUCAUUAAAGUAUUGGAAUUUGUAUUUAAUACAA